GCAACGGCGGGUGGCGCCGAGGGCGGGGGAAAGGCGGGCCGAGGGAUAAACGGCGAGCCGCCUGCGGGCCGGGGGCGAGCCGGCCUCCGCCUGGCCCCGGGGAGCGGAUGGGGCCGCGGCCGCGAACUUCUCCUUCUGCGAGAAUGGUACCCCUAUUGCUUGCAAAAAUGACUGCCUCAAAAUAGUCCCUUAAAAAGGGGGAAGAUGUAAGAGUCAAACUGAAGAAGCAUCAAGCAGUGAGAACAGGUUUUCAACAGUUUUCAAGUCCAUGGUUCUGUAACAGGUCAUCUAUCAAACAACAUCAAGGAAACACUAUAUUUCAUGAAAGUUAAGUUUUAUAAAAUGUGACUAUUCUAUUUUAUUAGGCAACCUUGCAUCUUUCCCAGCAGUCUUUCUUACCAUUAGAGCUGUGUGAGAAGUAGUGAUGUGAAAAGAAUGAUAGAAAAUCAGAGAGGAUAUAGUUUAAUAUUAGAGAAGAUUUCUGGAGUUUUCAUUCAAUCAUUCAUCCGGUGCAUCUAACUGUGGUAGACAUCUGGUUAACUGGCAUGAAGUGGAAGUCAACGGAACUCUGUCGUAUGCUCCAGAGACACAAUGACAUUCAUGUUUGUGGUGAAUGGAAAUCAUGGCAGCAUCUAACAUGGGAGGGAAAGACAUGAGUGGACAAUGUGGCGGGACUCAUUCAGAUUGCAAAUUUUCUGCCUGCUUCUGGCAGUACUGGCUAUUGUGGUGCUGGUCCAUAACUUUCUUCAGUUAGAGCACCUAGAUGAUGUCACGAUUUCAGGGUCAAAUUGGAUAACAGAAAACAGUGACCAGCGUACUCUGUCACAGACAACUAAAAUUGCCAGGAAGCUUUACUGUGGUUAUGAGCGGCAGACUUUGUCCAAGAGAGAACAAGCAGAAGAGGAAUCGUUGCUUGCUGCUAUACAGUGGCCAAAACCUCCUGAUGGCAAAAUCACUUUUGUACAAAGCACUGAUCCUGCACGUAGUGAUUUUGUGAUUGUGAAACCCAGUGCACUCUUUAAGGUGGGUGAUCAGUUAGAGGUGCUGGUCCGGAUGAAGGAUUUCCAAGGAAAACCCAAGCAGUAUGGUGGAGACUAUCUACAGGCACGAAUUCACUCUCCUCUGCUGAAAGCUGGAGCAGUGGGAAGGGUUGUGGAUUGCCUUAAUGGCUUCUACAAGGUCUUUUUUACUUUACUUUGGCCAGGAGAGGUCAAAGUAUCUGUGUCGCUUGUCCACCCGAGUGAAGCAAUCCAAGUCCUCCUGCGCUUACGAGAAGAAAGGCCAGACAGAGUCUAUUUUAAAAGCUCGUUCAAGUCUGGGAGAUUUUCGGAAACCACUGAGUGCAAUGUGUGUUUGCCUGGAGAUCUCCCGGUCUGUAACUUCACAGAUCUCUACACGGGUGAGCCGUGGUUCUGUUACAAGCCACGGAAACUGUCAUGUGCCAGUCGGAUCAGCCAUGCCAAGGGUGGAUAUCAAAAAGGUCUUCUGACACAAGAGGAAAGUCUCUUUUUCCAGAGUGAUGUGAAUAUCAAAAGGCCAGUGUUCCCCAGUGGACCUGAUUCAGUGAUUGUAAAGCCCAAGGCAUUUACAGAUUCAAGCGAUAUGGACAAAGCUGAAGAUCCCAAUGUUUCCCCUUCUGGUUAUUAUUAUCAAGACCAGUGGAGGCCCAGAACACACAGGAUCCAUCAUUUUAAUGAGUCAGAUGAUAUUACCAAGUGCUUACAAGGAAAAGUAAUCCACUUGUUUGGAGACUCUACAAUAAGGCAGUGGUUUGAAUAUCUAACAGCAUUUGUUCCAGAUCUAGUGGAAUUUAACCUGGGGAGUCCUAAGAACGUGGGCCCAUUCAUGUCUGUGGACUUGAAGCGCAAUAUCCUGCUGAAGUUCCGCUGUCACGGGCCACCCAUUCGCUUUACAACAGUCUUCAGCAGUGAGCUGCGCUAUAUUGCUAAUGAGCUGAAUGGCAUUGUGGGUGGCAGAAACACUGUGAUAGCCAUAACUAUAUGGUCCCACUUCAGCACUUUUCCUGUGGAAGUGUAUAUCCGGCGGCUGAGGAACAUUCGCAGAUCAAUUAUUCAACUGCUGGAUCGCAGCCCCAAGACUGUAAUUGUCAUCAGAACUGCCAAUGUUCAAGAGCUUGGGCCAGAAAGUCUUGCUGCCCAAAACUGUGUGGAACACAGGAAAGAGAUUUUUGGGAGCAGUCUUCCUCUCGACGUUCCCGGGUUGGAGAGACAUCCCCUCCAGUCAUACAUCAGUCAGAGAAGCACAGCGUGCAAUGUCUGCUCUUGUUUCAAAGCCCUGAUUAGAAAUCUGAAGGGGGUAUCCUAAAACUACUAAUACCAAUCAAGGAAGCACAAUUAAAAUAUCUAUCUUGUUUAUCAAGUCAUCAAGAGUGUUUGCUGGAGUUUAAUAGAGCACACUAAUCGGGCACCCUCGGUGUUUUCAGAUAGGUGCUAAAUAAUGCAAAUAGCCAGCACUUUAGUUUGGGUACCUGUACUACUGUGCUCAUCCGAGCUUUGAUACGCUGUCUACUUCUUGCUUUAUCUGUAAUGGAGAAAUGUGUAUAUGACUAUUUAAUGAAGACACCAUCUCAGGUAGUUUCUGGAAGUUAAAAUUAAAAUGGUAGGUAUGCCUACUCAAAGCUUAAGGUACUUCCUAAUGAAAAUGUUUACUUUCUCUGUUAGAUGAACCUACUCUGUUAUGUUCUGGCAAAGCUGGGCUUCCGCAUUUGGUGUGGAGGAGCCAAUUGACUUGAAUGCACUUGACAAUGUCUGGCAAUGAGUAACAGUAUAAGCCUGUCACACACUAGUGUCAAGGCCAUACGACAGCUCCCUCCCUCCCUCCCUCCCUCUAUUUGGCAAUUCUUUUAUCACUUAUUCAUCAGCUUCACUGCUGCCAAUACAGAUGGUAAAAAACAAAACACCACCACCAAAAAAAACCCCAAAAAACCAAACACAUCCAGUGUUGUCCUCCAUAUGGAUGCUUGGUAAAUGCUAUUUUACUAGUAUUAAAGUUGGAGGCUUUUGAGCCUCUUGGAGUGGUGUUUUCUGCUGCUAAUUUGAUUGAAGCUGUCUAUAGUUUUAACUCAUGGCACUUUGGUUUAAUGAUUUGAUUAAAUUCAACCUGCCAAAAAAACUACAGAGAAGCAUUCAGUGUUGUCUUAUUUCUGAUCCCACUCAAGCCAAAGGUUGUCUUUGCCAGUGGUUUUACCAAGAAAUGUCUUAAGAUAGAAUGAAGUGCUUCUGAAGUUCAUCAUGCUUAAAGAGAAUAUGAAAGUUGAUUCUUUCGGGAGCAAACUGAGCUGAUGAAAGUUAAUAAGAUAAAUUGGUAAGCUGCAUGGAGUGGAAUAAUUGAAACUUCAUCAUAUUAGAAAUGUUUUACUCUGCCAGAUUUCGUGCUAUGUUUGCGAAGACUGUGCUCUUAUUGCUGGAACCCGAAGAGAACUAAUGCUACCAGCUACAGAGACAGUGUCUUAUGUUGUUUGUUCAUUUUAAAGGACAACUGAGAACUGUUUUCAAAACGUAAAUGCUUUUAGCAUCUGAAAGUCAGUAGCAUCUGCUUAUAAGCUUACUAAGUUUAAAAAGUUUAAAAAUGACAAGAGGAGAUGCAUACACAUAGAUAGCAUUGACCCUUACCUUUCCAGAUCACAGUUAAGGAGGUCAGAUUUGCCAGUUGUCACUGACAACUGCCUCACAAGGUAUCUGUCCAUAUAUUAGCUUUAGGUAAGUUUUUCUUACUUUAAUAUGUUAAUGGAAAUUUAUCCUCUGCUAAAAAGAGACCACACCAAUUCAGGUCUGGGAAGGUAAACCACCACAAUGCCAAAAUGACCUUUCAUGUUUUCCAAGUGUGUUUUUUUUAUGAUAGGUAGAGCAUAAAGCUUUCAUCCUGAAUAACAAAUCUAUCCAAUAUCCAUAUGUUAAUAAACAGAAGACAGUUAAAGCUUAGACUUUGAAGGAAAAUACUUCAUUUGUGGACUGGCCCUUUGGUUUUCCUCAUAAAGUCAUAUCAUGUAUGAAUGUGCUGUGGGCUGAAUGUUGUAGUGUUCACUACUGUUCCUCAACAGCAACUUGUUGUAGCUAUUCGCUAUCAAGAGUAAAUAGGUAGGAACAAAUCUCUGAAUGUUUUGAUAUUUGAGGGAGAAAGAGUAGGAUUGCUAUUUGCAAUGAUCUCUAAUCACCUUCUGGUAGAAGUAGUAGUAAUCUUUUAGAUUAACUCGGUUAAUUCUUUUUAAUAACUGAUUAACUUUUAGGUCAUGAAGUUGGAGAAGAUUGCCAGUUAAUUUGGAAUGAGGACCAAUAUUUAAUUUCUUUUGGGUCCAGAAAUAGAAAGGAGAAGGGGAGAAACUGAAGAGUUAUUAACGUUAAAACAAGAUGAAGACUAUGCUUUUACAUGUCAUUCAGUUGAACUAUAAACAUGUUCUUGUUUCUAUUCUUUUCCUCUUGUUACAAGUUGCACCAGUUGUAUAUGUACUGUGUGUAGAAGUGUAAUCACAAGCAAUAAUAUAUUUUAAAAUCAUUUUCUGUCUUUAAGCUUUUAAGCUUCUAAAUGGAUUUUAAUGGGGACUUAGGUUAAGCUGUUGGUUAUUUUUCAAAUUUAUUAAUAUGAAAUAGGACUGGAAGGGAAUUUCUGGGUUAUCAGGCGUCUUCCUUCAUAUGUAAAAAUUCAUCUCUGUCAUGAGACUUUCAAUGCCUUGUUUUCUAUUUCUUUCCAUUUUCUUCAGUUGAGGGGAAGAAAUUGUAUUAGAUACUUGCAUUCUCACCCUGAGCCUUUUGAUUAUUAACCUUUCAGGAGCGAGAUCCUCCCUGCCUUUUUUUAUUAUUAUUCAAUACCCAUCUCAUUUAAAUCCCAGUGAAAAGACUUUAUUUUUAUGGUGUUUAUCAGAAGAUUUCAGAGCAAUUUAUAAAAUGGUUGAUGUGAAGCAUAAUUUCUGUUUUACAGAUGAGACUGCACAGUGAUUUUUCUGCUCCUGAUCAUUUUGAGAAUUUUUGUAUUGUGUUGGGCAGGUUUAUUAGUGAAAAUGUUUGUUUAAUUGUUGGCGAAGAGAGAGGCUAAAAAUCAGAAAUUGCCAUUAUUUUUUUUCAAGUUUUCAACUGUUUCCAGUUUCAUCCAUUAUGCACUGUUGCACCUUUGCUUUAUGAGAUUCAAAUUACCAUUUUUCAGUGUUCUUAAUUGUUAAACGUAAGUAUUUCAAAAAUGAGAACUUUAACUUACCAGAAGGGUUUGUAUGCCUUCUUAUGUACUACAGAUGACACUUUUAUUUUGUAUGUGUGACAAAACUAAAGAUUUGAAGUUGUCUCCUGGGAAGGGUGAGGGUAUUGGGGUUUUUGCUUUGUUUUUGUUGCAGAAGUGUUUCUUAAAAUGUCUUUUCACUCAUGAUAAUUUAAGUAACAGCAAAAAAGUUAAAUCACAAAUGAAUAUUUAAUUUGUAAAGCCCUUACUUGCGAAGUCCAGGUCACUUCAUGCUUAGUUUUGCGCUCUUAUGUAUAUUUAAACUGUUUGGGAGAUGCUAUCAUCUGUUAGUCACAGUGAAAUACUCUAUAUCUAUAUGUUAGAAAAAUAACUUAUUUUCAAAGGGUUUUUUUUUCUAAUAUAUAUAGAUAUGUUAUGGAAGUGCUUACAAUACAAAGGCAGUUCUAAUGUAUUUUCUUUCCUGAUGUGUGAUCAAAAAAUAUUUAAAUCACCAAGAUGCUCAAAGAAUAAAAAAUUUCUAAAGAAGUGGGCAAGUUUGUGCUCUCUUAUUAAAACUCUUUCCUCUCA